GUGUGAUGUGUUCUGCGUGACUCUACUGGGUGUUGUGAGAGAAGGUUAGUCAAGCUCAGAACUCCAAACGUGUGUCUUCGCUGGAUGCUGUGAAUUUAGCUCAAGCAAGCUCAGAACUUCACACAUGGAUUUAGUCACCUAUGAUGACGUGCAUGUGAACUUCACUCAGGAUGAGUGGGCUUUGCUGGAUCCUUCUCAGAAGAGUCUCUACAAGGGUGUGAUGCUAGAGACCUAUAAGAAUCUCACAGCUAUAGGUUACAUUUGGGAAGAACAUACGAUUGAAGACCAUUUUCAAACUUCUCGAAGUCAUGGAAGGCAUGAAAGAAGUUGUUCUGCAGAGCAACCCUCUGAGUUUAUUCAAUGUGGUAAAGCCUUUGCAUAUGAGAGUGGUAGACAAAGGCAUCAAAUUAAACAUAAUGGAGAGAAACACCAUGACUGUAACCAAUGUGGUAAGGACUUUAGAACAUGGAAUGUCCUGCAAAUACAUAAGCGAACACAUACAGGAGAGAAACCCUAUGACUGUAAACAAUGUGGUAAAGUCUUUGCAAGAAGCUGUCAUCUCCAAAUACAUAAUCGAACACAUGCAGGAGAGAAACAGUAUGAAUGUAACCAAUGUGGUAAAGCUUUUAAAAGAAGGAUUAACCUCCAAAUACAUAAGCGAACACAUACAGGAGAGAAACCCUAUGAAUGUAACCAAUGUGGAAAAGCCUUUGCAAGUAGUGGUGAACUCCAAAACCAUAAACGAACACAUACAGGAGAGAAACCCUAUGAAUGUAAACAAUGUGGUAAAGCCUUUUCACAAAGCAGUCAUCUCCGAAUACAUAAGCGAACACAUACAGGAGAGAAACCCUAUGAAUGUAACCAAUGUGGAAAAGCCUUUGCAAGAAGUGGUGACCUCCAAAAACAUAAACGAACACAUACAGGAGAGAAACCCUAUGAAUGUAAACAAUGUGGUAAAGCCUUUGCACAUAGCAGUCAUCUCCACAAACAUGAGCGAACACAUACAGGAGACAAACCCUAUGAAUGUAAACAGUGUGGUAAAGCCUUUGCAGUAAUCUAUACUCUCCAAAUGCAUAAGCGAACACAUACAGGAGAGAAACCCUAUAAAUGUAAACAAUGUGGUAAAGCCUUUGCAGUAAUCUAUACUCUCCAAAUGCAUAAGCGAACACAUACAGGAGAGAAACCCUAUAAAUGUAAACAAUGUGGUAAAGCCUUUGCAAGAAGCUGUCAUCUCCGAAUACAUAAGCGAACACAUACAGGAGAGAAACCCUAUGAAUGUAACCAAUGUGGUAAAGCCUUUGCAGAAAGCAGUACUCUCCAAAUCCAUAACCGAACACAUACAGGAGACAAACCCUAUGAAUGUAACCAAUGUGGUAAAGCUUUUAUAACAAGGAGAGUCCUCCAAAUACAUAAGGGAACACAUACCGGAGAGAAACCCUAUGAAUGUAACCAAUGUGGAAAAGCUUUUGCAAGAAGUUGUGACCUCCAAAAACAUAAACGAACUCAUACAGGAGAGAAACCCUAUGAAUGUAACCACUGUGGUAAAGCCUUUGCACAAAGCAGUUCUCUCCGAAUCCAUAAGCGAACACAUACAGGAGAGAGACAAUAUGAAUGUAACUAG